AUGAGUGACGUGCAGUCGUUGAGUGACUCACCAGCGUCGUCUCAGGGGCUGGGCAGCUCGCUCAUGUGGGAGAAGGUGGCACUUUCACCACUGGAGAUGCUGUCAGUACAGCUGGAUGAAGAGCUGCGUCUGGCUGAAGAGACAGCUGCAGCAGCAAAAACAUGCAAACAGAACAAGCACGACGUGGACGUGGAUCCGAAGACAGGCAAAGCUGCAGGAUGCGUGGUGAUGGAAGUCUUGGAUGCGAAAGACCUAGUGCUGGAUACGAACACAGCAAUACUAGCGGUCAAUGGCAACACGCGGCCGGAAUUGUACGUGUCCACGCAGGUAACGCCACUAUCGGCUUUCGAGAAGACGACAAAGAAGUAUCUGCGCACCAAAAACGUACAAGCAGUAGAUAGUGGUAUGGUAACAUGGCGGGAGCGUCUCGUGUAUGAUGGUGCCAAGACCAAGAAGUUUGGCAUCAAGGUCAUGCUUAGCAGCAGCGCGGCGGUUAUUGCUGACAUCGUGCUUGGAGAAGUCGAGUUGCGAAGUACUGACUACGAGGACCAGGUACCUCACACGAAAUGGGUCGAGUUGAAAGCUCCGACGUCUGCAGGUAGUAGUGGCGUUGCUGGUAAAUUGCUGCUACGCGUCACGUUUACGCAUUCGGCGCAUGAGCGUCACGAGCGUACGUUGACUCGGCUGCGUCAAAAGAAGCGCGAGAACGACGAUGAUAUCGAGCGAUACAAGGCUACUGUGCGCCUUGUGAAUCCUCCUGUACGUCAUCCUGCUGCAUAUGGCAAGGAGACGGCAAAAGCUGCGCUGUACGUACCUGGCAACAAAUUUGACAUUCUUGCACACCACCCAGCUGCAGUAAGCGUCGCCCCUCUUGCUGAUAAGACUCGCGUCGUGACUCCAUUCGGACGAGGCGUGGUGGUCUGUUUCCGGCCAGAGACAACGAUGUAUGUGGUCCAGAUGGACACUGCAUCCGCGUCGGGGAGCCGAACGAUUGCCUACCUGCAGCAAGACGUGGUAAAAGAAGAGCCUGACGAACCGCAUCUCCGCAUGCACAUGAAGGUGAUGACGCCGUACGGUCCGGGUAUUCUGGAAGAGAUCCGUCCUCAAGACGAUGUCUUGAUUGUCCAGUCCCACUAUGCGCGCAUGUUCAUGCAGCGCAAGGAUGUCAAGGUGCCAGCCAAGGAUGUGUUAGAAAUGACACUGAAAGACCUCGUGAGCGAGGCGACGAAGCUUGCCGAUACAGGUAAUGAGGAGUUCCGGCUCGGCAAGUUGCAGGAAGCCGUGUACAGCUAUCUACGAGCAUUGGGCUUUCUCCAGCGCGUUGAGCAAGAUCACGCUACGCACAAGGAGAAAGCGACGAUCAUCCAGACGAUGAUUCGCUGCCACUUGAAUAUCGGGGCGUGCAAAUUGAAGCUGGAUGCCUAUGCCGACGCCGAGAUUGCGUGCACGAAUGCUUUGAGUAUCCUUUCAGUGCUGUCCGAGAACCGCGAGGGCAACGUCGUCACGUGGAUGGGGCGGCUCGGCAUGUCGGAGCAGCUCAUGUUUGGGGACUGGCCGUCCAAAGCUCGUUUCCGUCGCGCCCAGGCGUGUGUCAGGCUGGAAAAGUACGCGGACGCCAAGCAGGAUCUGCUGCUGGCGGUGAAGCUGAACCCUCGCGACAAGUCGUGUCGCACGCUGCUAGACACGGUGUCCAAGCUGCUGGACAAGCAGAAACGUGAGGAGAAGAAAGCCUGGGGCGGCAUCUUCGAUAAGAUUGACGCGUCCGCGUCGACUGUCAACACGGCAACGGCAACCGGUAGUCAAAGUGCAGAGGACAAGUCGAUCUUCACGCGCAAGACCAAGAAGCAAGUGGCAGCAGCGACAGCAGCAACGAGUGCGGACGGAGCGGCGUCGUGGUAUUCGACUACGCGCGCGCUUGCUACGGCGUCUGUCUUGACGGCAGGCGUUGCGGCCGUAGCUCUGCUGGUUCUGAAACCCAAGAGCUCGUAA